AGCUGUAGCAGCUGCCUGACUCCUGCGCAGUGUGUUUGGAGUUUGACCACUGUCAGAAGAAAGGGCAUCUCCAUUUAUCAGGACCCAAACGGAAGAAUGACUUGAAACACCGAGUAACAAGAACUUUACCAGAGAUACUUCAGUAAGCCUUGGAAUAUACAGAAAGGCAUGGAUCCUUCAUCCACUGGGAACCCACCUGCACCGGAGCUUAACCCCUCCUCUCCAUCUUCCUCGAGGUCUAGAACUUCCUCUCUUGGUUCAUCUGUGAGCUCCUCUACCCAUGAGCCACAGAGACAUAAAGUCACACUACCAACGCCUCCCACCACUCCAUCAUCUCCUCCAUCCACCGCCUCACCUGUGAUACCUCAAAGGCUUCAUUCUCGUUCUUCCUCUCUCUCUUCAACCCCAUCUUCAUUUCCCCGCCAGCCCACCAGAAGCUUUUCGCAGCCGGGCCGAUCGCAGUUGAACGCAGCCUCAACAACAGGGAGUCUUCUAAAUGGAUCAACAGCUGCUGCUGCGCCUCCAUCAGCUACCUCACCUGAACCAGAUGAAACGGAGGAGGAAGUCCGUUUGGAGGUUUUGGAGGAGAGGGCAAAGUCAGGUGAUGCUAAAGCACAAACAAAGAUGGGACGUUACUUUUUGGCCUUGGCAGAAGAAAGCGACGAGGAGCUGAACAACUGCACAGCAGUCACCUGGCUGGUCCAGGCUGCUAAGCAGGGCCGCAAAGAUGCCGUCAAACUGCUGCAGCAGUGCUUGAAAUCCAGGAAAGGGAUCACCUUGGAGAACUUUGAGGAGGUUAAGAAGUUGUGCACAGAGACACGUUUUGAGAGGGGAGUCAGGAAAGCAGCUCUGCUCAUGUACUACAAGCUCAACCCUGAGAAGAAGAAGUCUGUGGCGGUGUCUGAGCUGCUGGAGAACGUGGAGCAUGUUCACAUAGAACCAGGCAAACCAAUCUGCUCAGGCCCGCUCAACAGCUCCACCAAGAAGCAAAGGAGAGUCCUGGAGACUAUGGUCUCCAGAGAAGGCAAUUCUCAUGUUGGUCUUGAUGAUUUUGUUGAGAUGACUAAGAAAUAUGCUCAGGGUGUUGCACCGUCACCGUUCAUGGCCUCAGCGGACGAUGAUGAUGAUGAUUACGACGAUGUCGUGGUAAAAAACCCAGAUGAACUGCCACUCCAUCAGAAGAUGCUAAAGUUCCCGCUUCACGCUCUUCUGGAGAUAAAGGAGCAUCUCAUCGACUGGGCAUCGCGGGCCGGCAUGCAGUGGCUUAGCGCCCUCAUCCCCACUCACCACGUUAACGCGCUGGUCUUCUUCUUCAUCAUCUCUAACCUCACCAUCGAGUUUUUCAUCUUCCUCAUCCCUCUGCUGGUUUUCUACCUGUCCUUCUUCUCCAUGGUGAUCUGCACUCUGCGGGUGUUUCAGAAUUCAAAGGCUUGGGAAAAUUUCCGAGCUCUCACAGACCUGCUGGCUCAGUUUGAGCCUGGUCUGGAUCUGGAGCAGGCGGAGACCAACUUUGGAUGGACACAUUUAGAACCUUACCUGUACUUCCUCCUCUCUGUGGUCUUUGUCGUGUUCUCCUUCCCGGUGGCCGAUAAAUCCUGGAUUCCCUGCUCAGAACUAGCUGCCGUGGCUCUCUUCUUCACCAUCACAGCCUUCCUCAGCCUCCACGCCUCAGCUCAGCUGUUUGCUCGUAAAGCCCUUCUCACAGAGGUCCUCUCCGGAGCGUGCUCCCUCACUCAGCACCUGCCUGCCUCCCUCUGGUCCCUCCGGAUCUUUGGGACCACCUUCAUCACUGUGCCUCUCGGGGACGCUGUGGCUUUAAACCUGGGCGUGCCGUGCCUUUUAUACGGACACCUCGUCUAUCUUCUCUUCCGUAUGGCCCAGCUGAGAGGCUUUAAGGGUACCUACCUGUGCCUUGUGCCCUACUUGGUUUGCUUUACCUGGUGUGAGCUCUGCUUGGUGUUCCUCAAUAAUGCCACAGCUAUAGGACUCAUUCGGACCUGCGUGGGCUAUCUCCUCUUCCUUUUUGCCCUUCCUGUCCUCUCACUGGGUCUGGCUGCCAUGAUUAUGAUCCAGUUAGUGCAGUGGUUUCUCACCCUGGAGGUAACAAAGAUGGUGGUCACACUGAUCGUCUGCUUUGUGCCAGUGGUGUUGAGGCUAUGGACUCGCUUUAGCCUCAACCCCAUCGUUGUCUUUAGGUCUUUGUCACGGAGCAGCAUCGUAAAGCUCAUCCUGGUGUGGCUGAGUGCAGUGGUGCUUUUCUGCUGGAUGUACGUCUACAGAUCUGAAGGAAUGAAGGUGUAUAACUCCACCCUGACGUGGCCUGAAUAUAGCAACCUCUGCGGGCCGCUGGCCUGGAAGGAGUCCAACAUGGCCCAAACUCAGAUUCUCUGCUCUCACCUGGAAGGACACAGAGUCACCUGGACGGGACGCUUCAAAUACGUCCGUGUGACGGAUAUUGAGAAUGGGCCCCAGUCAGUAAUCAACCUGCUGCCUGUUUUUCUAGGAAAUUGGAUGCGCUGUCUGUAUGGAGAACCUUAUCCGGUGUGUGAAGAUAAGAACAAAAGUGCCGGCAAUGAACCCCAACCGCGGCCGGCUCCGGCUCCUCCCUCAGUAGAUCCGCUCUGCAAGCUAAAGACUCUGGCAAAACACGAGUGCCACAUCAAACGCUUUGACCGCUACAAGUUUGAGGUCACCCUGGGCAUGCCGCUAGAGAGGAAGACUAAAGACGGGACAAUCAUAGAGGACGAAGAUGCAACCAAGGACAUUGUUUUGCGGGCGAGCAACGAGUUCAAGUCUGUGCUUUUACACCUGAACGCCGGCAGCCUAGUGGAGUUCAGCACCAUCCUGGAGGGACGUUUAGGCUCCAAAUGGCCCGUGUUUGAAAUGAAGGCUAUCCACUGCAUGUCCUGCGGGGACGCCCGCACUCUCGGCCGCAAGCAGUACAAGAUCGAGCACGACUGGAGGCGCACGGCUCAGAACGCCCUCCAGUUUGGGUUCGACUUCUUCUUCAACCCCUUCCUGACCGCUCGGCUGGAAGAGCAGGCAGAGACUGAAACAGAAAGUGUGGAGCAGGAUGGAUAGAGAUAGCUAAGAACACUAAUGGUUAUACAACAAUGUUCUUAAUAGUGGUGACUGACUACAGGAGACUAAACAGAUCCUCAGGCGUUCACUGUUUCUUCUAAAUGCACUCGUACUCCUCAGACCUUUUCACGCUGCUUACAUUACAACCACAAUACUCAGCGUAUCAGCAGCUGCAGACCUAUUGGGGAUUUACACUGCCUGAUUAGGAAUAUCCGUUAACAUCGAUUGAAACUCAGUAUCUGAGCUAUUUUAGGUUUGGGUUGUUCUGGCAGAAAAAGUUUGCUUUUUCUUUGUGUUUAUGGGUGAAACUCUGCCACAGCCUUAAGUCUUUUAAAGAAAAUAUUUUCAUCUUCCACCAAUUAAUCCCCACAGCAUCAUGCUGUUUAAUCAUGACAGUGUUUUCAGGGUUAUGAGCAGCAUUAGCUUUAAUUACGAAUUUCUGGAAGAAAUAGUUUACUCUGCAUCAGAGUAAAAGUUAAGGAACAAAAUGUUUGUAACUUACUUCCUAACUAUGCCCCAUUUCUGUAGGUUUAUCACAUAAAAUCCAGUGCAAAUGUUGCUGGUUGUAAUGUGACAGGCUGUAGAAGGAUCGCUGGGGUGUGAAUACUUUUAUAAGGCACACUUUAUCUGGAAAUACAUGUUUGAGUUCUUAAAGCUUUUGAGCCAAAACAUAAAGGUGACGACAGAGAGAGAGAAUAAACACCAAGUAAUCAGGAUUUACUGCCUGCUGCUACUGCUUUCCUGAGUUAUGUAGAAACAUUUCAUCGAGUUUAAGCUGUACUGUAUGUGUGCUGACCUAGGGGGUCCAUUUAGUAAAAAUGUUUAUUUUGUUUCCAUUCAUACAGUUUCCCAUCAAACCCGUCUAAAAUCUGGGCUAAACUCUUCAGUUUUAAGUUUCUCUGGCUUUCACUUCGAAAGACUCUGUUAUUGUUUAUCCAAUGAAGGAUUUACCGUUUGAAGGAUUUCCAAUCAACACUAAAUGAUUUAACUUUGCUGACUAUAGGGUAAAUACAGUACCUUUUAGGGGGGGUUAAAUAUCUGAUUCUUCACUUGAAAUGUGUCUAAAUACAGUGGUGGGAAAAGGCUUCUUUACAGAUUUCCUCUUUUCAAUGAAUAUGUGUUUCAGACAAAGCUAUUUUUAAUGUUCUCUCUUUUUAUUUAGCUAGCCUAAUUAGAUACAAAAACAGCUUUCAAACUAGAAAAGAACUUGGCGAGCGCAGACUUGCGCCAUGCAGCCAAUUUGCCCCAUAUUGUGACUUACCCCUAUAGCUAGGUUCCUUAGUUCCUUGGCAUGAGGCACACAUCUGGUUAAAAAAAAAAGUCCAUAAGAUCUGUUCAUAAGUCCACUAACAAACCAACAACGUUCUUUUUGGUUUUUUUCCUCAUGUUUUUGUCUUCAGUAAAAUACCUCCAGACUUUUUGAGUCCGAUGCUGAUGCUGUCAAUAGUCACUGCUGCCACCCUCUGGUUUAGUGGUGAACUGCAAAUACUCCAGUCUCACAAUGUUAUGGAAUCUUUUUUUAAAAUCCUGUAUCCAGACUAUGAUCUGGAUCAUCACCAACAUUUAAUGGAUUUUUCCUUGCCACAAGGGACACCAUAACUUUUCAGUUUACCCUGUACACAGACAGACAGGCACUUUAUUGAAGGGUUUUCUGGUAUCAUUAACAUUAUAAAGUCCUGCUACAGUAUCUGAAAGGGGAAUAAAGUCCAGAUUUCAGCUAAGCCUUUAAAAACAGUUCUGCUGUCGUUAAGUCAUUCAAAGGUGGUAUUUAUUCUGAAAUUUUGCUGAUUGCUACAGAACCAGAGUGGGACAAAUGGCUACAUGUUUCUGCAGAAUUUUCCAGUAGAGAAAAAAAAUACAUUCUUCCAUCAAUUGCAGGCUUUCCAGAUCUCCCCAAAGCACCAUGUUCCUCCAGUAUGUGCGACCAGUACUUGCUGGUCUGUUUCUGAAUACGGGUCAUUACAGAUCAGCAGUGGUUUUGGUUUCUUCUUUCCUCCCACUAUCUUCUUUUUUUUUCCUUUUGUCAAAUCAUGAUCUUAGCUAAGUCAUGUGAGGCCUGCACAGCCUUAGCCAAAUCAGCAAUCUGCUACUGGAGUGAUUUAGGUCGACCUGCCUAUCCUGGGAACCUAACCUAUAUUAUAUAUUUUCUUCAGUAUUUGAUUAUGAAAUUCACUUUUGGUCCUUUUUGCGUCCCAAAGUUUUCAAAAUGGCUCCAUAAGCCUCUUCAAACGGAUAAUCAUCAAUUACUAGUUAAUGCUUUUGAAAUUGUUUUGGAUGUGUUGUUUUUUUUUGUUUUGUCUUAAAUAUUUAAUCUACUUGGGAGGUUUAACUUUAAUUAUAUCAACAGAUAAUAGAAGCUCUGCUUUCUAAGCUUUGAUUUAAUGGCAGUUUGUGAUUUUUAAACAGGGGAGCAGCUACUUUUUCAUAUAGAAGAUCAGCUUGGAUAGCUUUUUUCACCCCCAAUGAAUGUAAUAAAUCUUCAUUUGGAAAAAAAAAAAGUUAAAUUUACUCAUGUUAGAUAUUUUUCUAAUAUUAAAAAUGGUUUGAUGAUCUGAAACAUUUUAGUGUGGCAUAAAAGCAAAAAUAAGAAAAGUGGCCUUGUUGCUUCCUCCUCUGUUUGUGUCUCUGCUGUGCAGAGAUUUAAUAAACUGAAUAUUUAGCCCCUGACUGAGGGUGUGUCUUGGAUGUCACUGCUGUUUUCUGUACUGUGACCCUUGAAUAUGUGGAAACUCUAGUUUUUGGAUGUGUUUAUUAAAAACUGUUUAGUCGAGCCA